GAUCAGAUAAAGGCAGAGAGCUCAGGGUCCUUACCAGCCACACACACACACUAGAGGACGAGCCUAGAGACCCAGCUACAGAAAGAGCUCCUGGCCAUAUAUAAACAGAGCAGAAAGGCACAAACCCUUCUUCGGCAUUGGAAUAAGGAUAUAAGUUGGACACAGCCUUGGGAUUGAGGGAACCAGGCUUUGGAGAGGCUUAGUGGCUGGAAGCUAAAGAUAACUGCCAACUAGAGGUCUCACAGCCAUCUGAAUUCAGCAAUGCUGCCGGCCACCUUCAAGCUCUGUGCUGGAAUAUCCUACAGACACCUGCGCAACAUGACAGGACUCAGAAGAACGGCCGCUGUCGCACUCACCCACGAACUGGAGAAACUUGCCCUUGUGGGACCAGGGCCGAGCAAAUGGAUAAAUCAGGUUCGAAGGAAAAGUGUUUUAUUGAGUUCAAGGCUUGAAGAGAAAACACUGAAUGAAGGAGAGAUGGCAUAUAUAAAACAGGGCGAAGAGGCUUUGAAAAAGUCCAUGAACAUUCUGGGAGACCAAGAUGGAUGGAAGACUGAAAUUGUGAUGGAAAACGGAGAUAAGGUUCUAAGUAAAGUUCUCCCAGACAUCGGGAAGGUCUUCAAGUUGGAAGCAGUUGUGGAAAAGCCCUUGGACAACGUGUAUGGAGAACUGGUGGACAACAUGGAGAAAAUGGGAGAGUGGAACCCAAAUGUCAAGGAAGUCAAGAUCCUGCAGAAGAUUGGGAAGGACACAGUUAUAACACAUGAGAAAGCAGCAGAGACCCCUGGGAAUAUUGUGGGGGCCCGGGAUUUUGUCAGUGUGAGGUGCAGCAAGCGGAGAGGAUCCACCUGUAUCCUAGCUGGCAUGUCAACAAGGUUUGGAGGAAUGCCAGAACAGAAAGGAUAUAUUAGGGGAGAGAAUGGUCCCACCUGUAUGGUCCUACGGCCCCUGGCGGAAGACAUAUCUAAGACCAAAUUAACUUGGCUUCUCAGCAUUGACUUGAAGGGGUGGCUGCCAAAAUCAAUCAUCAACCAAGUUUUGUCUCAGACACAAGUGGAUUUUGCCAAACAUCUCCGAAGCAGAAUGGUCUCUUCCAGCAACGCCCUGUCCCUUUGCUAAAGUCUCCGCUAGGAUCAUGCACUCCCCACAAAUGUUCUAUAUUUCAGGCUGCGCCAUGUACAUCUGUCUCUGAACAACAAGGUGACCUGUGUCAACUCAGAACAUCUUCAGGAUUCUGGACGUAGGGACACUUAAAAGCACCUUAAAUCUUUUGUAUAAUACGAUUUAUUUUGAUUGUCUCUUACAGCAAAUAUGUCAUUUAAAGUGCAAACCGCCCUGUUAUUAUCCUGGGAUGACUUGGCAGCCCAACCCAUUCAUGUUAAGGUCCAACCCACCAUACUGGAGAGAUGCAAAGGUUAGAAUUGCUAACCCAGGGCCUUGUGGGUCUACACAAAUGUUCUACUGAUGAGAGUUGCAGAGCUGUUUUGGGAAAGU